UGUAGCCGACCCGGAGUGGGCGUCACUUUCACUUUGAAAUGUCCCUUAAUAAACAAGGUAAACGGUUGUAAUUGACAUAAUGUUUUAUAUUUUUGAUUUAUUUUUAUUAUUAAUCGUAUUAAUUGUGGAAAAAAGAUGAGAGAGGAGGGAGAUCCUCCUCAUAAAAAAAAAGAAAAAGUUGCACUCCACAGGGAUCCUGGUUUAAACUGAGCACUGAGUCGCAACAACAUCAGCACAAUGUGAAAACGAAACGAACCAAACAUCAUGAUGGACUUCCCCACACCGCCUCCAUCACCGUCUUUAGAGAAAGCCGCUCGUGCUGCGUCCUCAAUUCAGCCCUGCAGAGCUCCCAUCCUUGACGAAGACUCGCUUAUCAGUUGUGCGAUCGGCCUCGUGGAGCAGCCUUCAUCAGAUGAGAGGAUGUCGUGGGCAGAAUCUCUGCAGCAAAAGUGAAUCACACAAUGAAGAACUGAGAACUCAUGAGCAGCUUCAAAAAGAAAGACGAACGUCAGAGUCAUCUAGUGGCUGCGAAGUGUUCAUACAAGACUCGCAUGUGGAUGUGGUGGGAAGGUACCACACAGACACACCGCUCAGAGGGUCUGAAACCACAUCCUUAGUCACACCAUGAUGAGCAUGACGUCUUCACCGUGACUGCCUGAGCAAUGUUCCACUCGGCACUCUCACCCAGACUUCACAGCCUCCGUGUCUCCACUCGCUCAUUCGCCGAUUGUUCACACUGAGGAAGUUCCAGAAAGCCUGUUUUGUCCUGUUUACCCGGCGACUGAUAACAGUGGGUCGUCCCCAUGGCUCCUAAACCUUUCUUCCUUCUUAUGCUGUGGGGCCUCACUCUGUUUAGUCAUGGAGCUGCAUCUUUGUGCAACGUCACCUGCUCGACAGACUACAGUAAAUCAGUGACCUGUUCCUGUUCGGCCUCUGUGCCAACGUAUCCUCUCUACCUUGAAGUCACCUGCAGGGAUUAUUAUGGAGAGGGUGUGAGUGGUAACUGUGAAAUCCGACCACCUCACACCUCGUGCACCAUGCACAUCGAGGGCCUUGAUGAGUUUGCAUCCACCGACACUGAGUGUAACACGACAGUGAGACGCAGAGACGAACGCGGCCUCGAGCAAGUCCAUGAGGAAACGACAUGGGCACUGAGUGAUGUGGUGAAACCUCGGCCUCCUUUUAACGUAAGCGUGGAGAAAACUGAAGAACAAUACAACAUCAGCUGGGACAACGACAACAACAAAGAAGACUGCCUCGUGUACAGAGUGCGCAUAAGAGAAAGUAGAGACCUGUCGAAGGCUCCAGUUUACUCCCUCGUAGAGAAACAGUACCUUCAAGUGGAUCAAAAGAACCUGCAGCCACACAUCUCCUACACUGUGGAUGUUCAGGCCAAAAUGUGCCCGGAUCAUUACUAUCAGGGCCCAUGGAGCGAAUGGAGCUCCGCUGCUGAAUACCCAGGACAGAGUUCACCAGGAAUCUGGACAUAUUGGUGGCUGCUCUUGAUCUUGUUGGCUGUUUUUGUUGCCUGUCUGUUCCUGGGCUGUUCACAAAACCCGCACUGUCAGAAGAAAUUCAAUCUCACCCCUUUCGUGCCCAAGCCCAAUGACUUCUUCAAGCCCCUGUACAUCAGCCACGGAGGGAACUUCAAGGAGUGGGUGAAACCUGCAUUCAGCGAGUACGACUACCUGAAGAUCAGCUCCAGCCUUCAGGCCACGAGCGAGAAGCAGCAGGACGUCCUCCACUGGAAAGACGAGAAGCUGAGCUACGGCGAGGACGGCCAGACGAACCACGGCGAGCCUUUCCUCCAGACGCUGCAGCCGGUCAGCAACCUGGCCCCGCAGGACACCAGCCACUCCACGGGACACAUCUCCAUCCACACGGUGACCCUGUCCGGAGAGGAGUCCGAGGAGGAGGUCACGUCGCAGAGUUCCAUCCCAAGCUACCAAGACGGGGAGAGCUUCGGUUCCUUCGAGCACGCCGAGUACGAUUUAGAGCAGCCCCCGAUGCCCGGGAUGGACAGGAUCAGUGGGGCGUCGCCACGUCACGACAACCACAUACCCAACGACCUGUUUGUGGUCAAUAUAAACUUUCAGCCCAACGCGCAGUUUAAUGAGCCAGAGAGGGUGUCGCUGGACUCCUUUGUGUCAAACCUGCAGUCGGAGGACGGAUACCCUCACGUGGACCUGGACACCAUCGACAGUGGGUUUGGAGAGUGCAGCAGCCCCGGGGCCUCGGACUCAAACACAGCAGAGCGCAUGGACUCGGAUUUAUUCCACGAGCAGAAAAACUCAAACUCCAACUACGUCAAGCAGUGGAUGAUAUGUAGCACUAUUCAGGAGGACUCGGGAAACACUGAGGACGAACUCCAUGACGAGCUCCACAGCGAUUAGAGCUUCUGAUUUAUCGCCAGCUGUAUUUAAAACAUGGACAGAUGUACUAUCAGAAGGUGUCUGGGUUUUGUCGUUCUUUACAUGUUUAAGCCGUGCACUUUGUAUAUACUGGUAUCUUGUCCUGAUUAUUGCUUGUAAAGUAUGAUUUUCUGAUUAAUUUUCACGCUAAUUUAAAUGAUAAAGGCAUAUUCUUAAUAAUAAAUCACUGAGAAGGAUUCAGAGACACACUGCAGAUAUCACACAAGAUCAAAUAGUUGCAUACAGCUUUGAUUUGCUCCUUAUUUAUAUGUAUAUAUCUCUAUAUUUCAUCUUGUCACUGACAGUACAGCUUCACACUCUCAUGGUCAUGCAUGCUUCAUUUGCUUGUUACUGUAGCACCAGCUUGCACGGCGCCUUAUCAAGAUUUAUGAUAAAGUUUGUUUUUCCUUGCACUCGCGCAUUCUAUCUGCAACCACUGCAAACGUCCGUCCUGUUUUUGUGCAAUAUCAGUAACUGGGAGCACAGUGUCAUUAUCUGUUUGCACCUGACCGAUAAGUCUCCAGCCUCUUUCGCGGGGAGCGAGAGCGGAGAAGGACGACGCCAGACGGUCCAUCCCUUCACCUCGAAGUACUGACUAAAGCCUGUAAAUUCAUUCUCUCACAUCUGAAGGGUUAUUCUUCUUAAACAAACACUUGAAUUCCCACAAAACCUCAAAUAAACUUCACUUUCGAAUGUG